GGGGCCAACGGUGUGAUGAUGUCAAAGUAGAUGUCGAUGUCUUGCUGUAGGGGCAGUCAUAUGCAAACGUAUUUUCCCGAUUGAGUUCCGGUUUCUCCAAAGCCCCUCCUUCCGAAAAGCCCAGAGCGCUCUGAUUGGCCAGCUGACCCACUGCGUUGUGAUUGGCCAAAAACCUCAAGCGUGUGUCGGAAAUGUAACGCCCCUUACCAUAACGGUGAGCUUCAGAGGCUUCCGGGGCUUCUAAAGUUAAUAACGUUGUCAGUUUUACCAUAUCAGUUCGAUGCGGUACCGAGUCCGAUUCUGAAAACGCGGCUGAUCGAACAGAUCGAUCGGAACCGACUUUGCGAACACGACUUGAGCAGAACGUUUCACAGUGGUCUUUCACUACACGUGCCUUUUCGAAAGUCCUCUGUCCAAUCCGGACUGCAUCUCCAACCAUUGACCUGUGUGAUGCAGCAGAGGGCUCUGAGCGGGAUUUUUUCUCCCAGCAUAAUGAAAGCACUGACCUGAGAAUGACACUGGCAUGUUAGCGUACCAGCCAACAGAGUGAGAUCAGCCUACAGAGCGCUUAGUCCUGACUGCGUGGGCCAAGUCUGACUCCAAUGGAUGUGUAAUAGAGACUUGGACAAGGAUGAUUCCUGCUGUUAAAAUAUGUACAGUUUUGCUGUGGGAUGACGGAUAAUCAGCCAAACACAAACCAUACUAUGGCUACUAGUGACCCAGACACUUACAGCGAACCCCAGCCUGGUGACCUUAUCGAGAUCUUCCGACCGGCGUAUCAGCACUGGGCCCUGUAUCUGGGAGACGGAUACAUCAUCAACCUAACGCCAGUCGAUGAGAGCCAAGCGGCCGCCAUGUCCAGCGUGAAGUCAGUGUUCACGCGGAAGGCUGUAGUGCGGAUGCAGCUCCUGAAGGACGUUGUGGGUGGAGAUACGUUCCGUGUCAACAAUAAAUAUGACAGCAGUCACACGCCUUUGCCUGUGUCUGAGAUCAUUGAGCGAGCGCAGCUACUGAUUGGUCAAGAGGUGUCAUAUGACCUGUUGGGCAGCAACUGCGAGCACUUUGUCACCCUGCUGCGAUAUGGCGAGGGCGUAUCUGAGCAGGCAACCCGUGCUAUCGGGGCGAUAAGUUUCGUGACAGCAGCAGCGAGUGCUAUCUCUAUGCUUGGCCUCAUCAACACUCGCGACAGGAACAGACCUUUCUGACAUGAAUUCAAACUUUUAAUUAUAAGCACACUGAAAAUGAGUCAAAUCGCAUUUGUUAUACUCCAAAUGUGUGUGUACGCUUGCAUUCAGAACUACUUAGUUUGUGAUAAUAAUUUAGGCUUUGUUAUUUGACACAGUGUGAGGACUGUUUUAGCUAUUCAAUGUGUAACAAAGUAUAUAUUACAGCAUGAUAGCAAAUUAUAAGUAUAGUAAAGCUAAAAUUGUCUAUCCUCUUCAUUCUGAAAUGUCUGGACGACGAUUCUGCCUGAAGCGUCCAUUUUCGAAUGCACGGUGACGUAAUGUGAGUUGUAGUGUACAGGUUUUCGAAGUUGUUUACAGCUUUAAAAAGUUCAAAGCUACUUUUUGAUACUACUUUUUUAAAGUUAUUACAUACAUACUGAGAUAUAACAGCAUUGUUAUAUUAGUAGGGUUACGAGAGGUGUUGCUGGAGAUGACUGAAUGACUGACUGAAUGAAUAAAAACACAUUUCUCACGCCUAUAAUGUCGGACCUCAUUUCCCACAAUGCAUUGCUUCGAGGUUUCCGGACGCCAUUUUAAUCCCAGGGAAACCCCGUAGCGUCUGGAAGCGUUCUACUGCAGUAUCCCUCCGCAGCUUGCUAUAGUUCAUAAACCCGUGUGUUGUACAUUAAACUUUUGCAUUGUGAGCGUUGUAUUUCCCCUAAUAGCGCAUUAAAACUGUGUUCAUAAAA